GCUCUACAGUUGCUUCCAACACUGUGGUAUGCUGUUCAGGAUUUGAGGUUCAUUCAACAAAGCAGACGCUUCAAUCUGGAUAUAAAAAACUUGACAACAGGCAGAGUGAAAGCACCGCAGUGUUUUGUAGCAAGAUUUGAGCUCUCUAAUCGUCCACGGGUUGAGUUUGUCGCCUAGACGUAGACAUGGUUGCUGCUGAGGUUGUAGAGCGCGAGACUUGGGUGGGAAAGUUGGAUUUUAUCCUUGCCCUCAUCGGCUUUUCUGUCGGCCUAGGGAACAUUUGGCGAUUCCCUUAUUUGUGCUACAAGAAUGGUGGAGGCUGUUUCCUGAUCCCGUAUCUUAUUUGCCUGUUGUUGGCUGGAGUGCCCCUUCUAAUCCUUGAAGUGUGCCUUGGCCAGUUCAUGUCUCAAGGUGGUAUUACUGCCUGGAAAAUCUGCCCUCUUUUCCAAGGAAUUGGUUAUGCAAGUGUGGUGAUAGUGCAAUACCUUAAUAUCUACUACAUUGUCAUCCUUGGCUGGGCAUUCUACUAUAUGUUCCACUCAUUCCAAGCCGUACUACCGUGGUCUCACUGUGACAAUGACUGGAAUACAGAGAAAUGCCAUGUAGGCAGGAAAAUGAUCACUACUUUUGUCAAUGCCACCUACAAUGCAACAACCAAUGCAACAAUAACAAAUUCUACGACAGUAACAGUGGAAGCCAAUGGAACAGUCUCACCUAUUGUAGAAUUCUGGGAGCGAAAGGUACUGAAUAUCUCUGGUGGCCUGGACCAAAUAGGGACCAUCAACUGGCAAAUGGCUUUGUGUCUAUUGUUUGCUUGGAUUGUCUGCUACCUCUGCGUCUUUAAAGGUGUCAAAUCUACUGGAAGGGUGGUGUAUUUCACAGCUACAUUCCCCUACGUGCUGCUGACCAUCAUCUGCGUACGGGCUGUCACUCUGCCUGGCGCCAGGGAAGGAAUCCGCUUUUAUCUCGAACCAGACUGGAGCAGACUGCAGGAUGGCUCUGUCUGGCUCCAAGCUGCCACUCAGGUCUUCUUCUCAUAUUCUAUUGGACUUGGGACACUCGUAGCUCUUGGGAGUUACAAUAAAUUCAAAAAUAAUUGUUACAGGGAUUGCAUUAUAUUUGCUUGUGUAAAUAGUGGCACAAGUUUCUAUGGAGGUUUUGUGAUUUUCUCUGUAUUGGGUUUUAUGGCCGAAAAGCAAGGAGUUCCCAUCCAGGAAGUUGCUGAAUCAGGUCCUGGCCUGGCGUUUAUAGCCUACCCUGCUGCUGUUGCGGAGAUGCCUAUUUCCCCACUUUGGUCCAUACUGUUCUUCUUUAUGGUUAUCCUGCUGGGAUUGGACAGUGAGUUUGUGGGCGUGGAAGGCUUCGUAACUGCCAUCGUUGAUAUGUUCCCUGGAUACUUGAGGCGUGGCUAUCGAAAAGAGAUUUUCAUUGCUGCCUGCUCAACCUUCUGGUUUUUUAUUGGCCUUGUUAUGGUCACUGAGGGAGGAAUGUAUGUGUUCCAGCUGUUUGACAACUACUCAGCCAGUGGGAUCUGUCUGCUCUGGAUUUCCCUCUUUGAGAGUAUUGGCAUUGGAUGGGUUUAUGGUGCUGAACGCUUCUAUCAAAACAUGACUGACAUGAUUGGUUUCCGCAUCAAUCCAUACCUGAAGGUCUGCUGGAUAUUCUGCACACCCAUCUUCUGCCUGGCUGUCUUCAUCUUCAGCCUGGUGAACUACGAGCCCCUGACUUACAACCUGACCUACAAGUACCCAGUGUGGGGUGAUGCCAUUGGCUGGCUUCUCGCCCUCUCCUCCAUUGUUUGUAUCCCCCUCCUUGCUGUCAUCAACCUGAUGAGAGCUGAAGGGGACUUUAUUGAUCGUCUGAGGAGCGUAACCACACCCUGCCUACCCCCGGGCCGCGGUUGCUAUACCAAACAAGAAACCGAUGCCAUGAAUGGCAAAGCCAUGGGAAAUGGAAGAGAGCAUAAUUUUGAGGUCGACACCAAGAUGUGAUCAGCUCUCCUGAAGCCUCCUAUUUGGAUCGUAUUGGGGUGUGGAAGCAAGGGGUAGCCCAUAGUCUAUCGUGAUGAUGUUUGAUACCGUAAUGAUGCUUAAUGCUUGAAUCUUGUCACAACAGCUGAUGUGUAGUAACCAUCAUUUAGAGGCCCUGCCAUGCCCCAUACUCCCACACACAAGCACACAUCAAUAUCACAAUAUUCUAAAUGGGCUCUGUGUUUAGAUAGAGCGAGACAGCUUGUGGAUAGCCAAUCUUGUCAGUAAGCUUUAUAGUAAUUUUAUGUUCAGCAAUGCAUUAUCUUCCCGCCAGAUAUGUGGGGUCUAUAUGAUCGCAUCACCAAUUAGUGCAAGCUCUUUCAUUUAUCCAUCUGGAAAUUAUACACCAUUUUUUGAUGAAGUUAAGAUUGAAUUUGAUCGCUUCUUUUAAUAUUUAUUUGACUUAAUGUUGGCCUUUGUGUAUAUUAUUUAAUGGCGUUUUACUGCUUGCUUUGGGAUGUAACAUCCAAUUUUAUCCCUCCGCAUUUGAAUUUUCACGAUUUUAUAGUAAUUUUUGCGUUGAUUUUAUAGUAUGCCAUUGUGUAAUAGAAUAGCUUUAAAUUUAAAUUGUGCCCUAUUAGACAUUGAAAUCUACUGCUUGGAUAAGACUAGUGCAUGUUUUGUAUAAUAUAAAAAAUGCCAGACUUUUGACUGCUAUAAUGAUGUCUAGCAUGUAUAGUUAUUUCUUUAAACAUAUGGUCAAUAGAGAUUUUAGCAUUGACUUCGAAUUCCCUCCACUCGUCCUUAGUACCCUCUUAGUACUUCAUAGCUCUAAAAUUCCCGGGCAAUAUUGUAAAUAUGUAAACAGUAUAUGAUAUGUAAUAAUAGUGAUGUUCAUUAACACGCGAACUACUCUUUUCUACUUUAUCCCAUUGUUCUCUUUUUUGUUUCUUUGACUAUCACCCUUUUUCCACGGGUUAUUAAAAAGCACUCUAUAGGACUGAACGUUUUAGUCAAUGCCCACUCCUUUGCAUAAAUGUGUAGUCAUCAUUCCCUGGUUUACCUUACAAACAGCGAAGUUCAAACCACCGUUAACCUAUUUUAUCUUUUGAUUGUCAGUCCACAACAGCCCUAGAAUAUUAAAUAUAGAAUAGAGUACAACAAAGGAUCCGUGUCAUGUAGAAUUUGUCAUUCUUAGAAUUUAAAUAACGUAACCUUCUGUAAGAAUAAAAAGGCUAGAUUAAAAUAA